AGUCAAAUUAUUACCUUCAGGGGAUAUCCUAGUGAGGAGUACGAAGUGACGACAGAAGAUGGGUAUAUCCUUUCCGUUAACAGAAUUCCUUAUGGAAGAAAAGGCCAUGAGAGGAGCAAAGGUCCAAGGCCUGCUGUGUUUCUGCAGCAUGGUUUGCUUGCAGAUGCCAGCAAUUGGAUCACAAACUUGGAUUACAACAGCCUCGGCUUUAUGCUGGCAGAUGCUGGCUAUGAUGUAUGGCUGGGAAACAGCAGAGGGAACACCUGGUCCAGGAAACACACACACUUCACAGUGAAGCAAGAAGAAUUCUGGGUUUUCAGCUUUGAUGAAAUGGCUAAGUAUGACAUUCCAGCCUCAGUGGACUUUAUUUUGAAGAAGACUGGCCAGGAACAAGUAUUUUACAUUGGCCAUUCACAGGGCACCACAAUGGCUUUCGUUGCUUUUUCAACUUUGCCACAGCUGGCUAAGAAAAUCAAAAUGUUCUUUGCCUUGGCACCAGUAGCUACAGUCAAGUUUGCCACUAGCCCUCUGGUAAAAUUGGGAGAGUUUCCUGACCUGCUACUCAAGGACAUGUUUGGAAAGAAACAAUUCCUCCCUCAGAAUUCUUUGCUGAAGUGGCUUGCUACCCAUGUUUGCACCCACAGAAUACUUGAUGACCUGUGCGGCAACAUAUUCUUUCUUCUAUGUGGUUUUAAUGAGAGAAACUUGAAUAUGAGCCGAGUGGAUGUGUAUUCAACACACUGCCCUGCGGGCACAUCUGUACAAAACAUGAUCCACUGGAGCCAGGCUGUGAAGACUGGGGAACUCAAAGCUUAUGACUGGGGAAGCAAGGCUGCAAAUAUGGCUCACUACAACCAGUCUACUCCCCCUUUCUACAAAAUAAAAGAGAUGACUGUACCAACCGCAGUGUGGACUGGUGGACAGGACUGGCUGGCAGACCCAAAGGAUGUUGCUAUGCUGCUCACUCAGAUCACAAACUUGGUUUACCACAAAAACAUUCCAGAAUGGGAACAUUUGGAUUUCAUCUGGGGCCUUGAUGCACCUUACCGCAUGUAUAAUGAAAUAAUUAACAUGAUUAGGAAGUAUCUCUAAACUGGCAUGGUAUUUCAGAGUAUUAGUUCACCAGGAAUUUGUCUUUUUGGAACAUACUUUUUUCUGGCAAUAAUCCUACCUUGUUUAUUUAUGAUGCAUUUUUAAAAUGCCAGCAAUGACUACUGAAUUGGAUUCAUAUUUCGUUUGUUUUUCUCAGUAUUAUUUCUCUCUCCUGCAGAAAUCCUCAUUGUAUCCUUCUGAUUUUGCACACAGUGGCAUGGUACUCAAA